CGUUCUUCUCUUCCAUCAUAGUAGAUAUCGUCGUAUUUGCCAUGGAUCAAGUUUGACAUAUCUCAAGAAAAUCGAGGAUAUAUGAUAUCGCAGUGUAUUUAUAUGGUUUAUAUGUGCGUGAUCAAAUAGGUUAUUCGCUUAUAUUGUCCAUUGUGCUGUGAUUCACCAAUGUGUAUCUCAUAGACAUUUAUCGGGUCAGCAGUCAUCCUUCACUUAAGAGACGCUGAGUUUUUAUUCUAAAGUCAUAAGUAUAGUAGGUGAGAAAUGAGUGAUGAUUCGGAUAACACAAAUAAUACUGAAAAAAGAUGCAAAAGACCACUAAAAGCUGCAAGUUCUUCAGACAGCUCGGAUAGUAGUAGUCCGUUGGCUGUCACCAAGCGCUCACGGAAACAGCUUGCAAUUGAAAGUGAAUCAGAAGCUAGUCCAUUGAAGGGCAGUGAUAACUCUUCUCCUUUAGCCCCGAGGCUAAAUCGUCGAAGGAGAGUUCCAGUGGUCGCCAGUGAUGAUGACUCAUCUAGCAGUGAAGAUGAAGAAAUUAUUGCCAUCAGACCUGCUAUCAGAAGGGGAAUCCUUCCCAUUCUCAGUGAUUAUGAAUCAGGGACUAGCAAUGCUGGGGACGAUGCCGGAAGUGAAUCAGACGGCAACAUGUCGAAUGGAGAAAGCAAAACACAUGGACCGUCAUUUAAGAAUAAAAUGGAGGCUACUGGCUCAGGCUCGUCAUCAGACUCUGAUGGUCAGUCAGAGAGAUGUCCCAUCUGUCUCAUCAAGUUUGUAUCACAAGAGGUGGGGACGCCAGAGACAUGUGACCACUUCUUCUGUGCUCCCUGUAUAGAGGAAUGGUCCAAGAAUGUCAAUACUUGUCCAGUAGAUCGACAGCCGUACAGGUUGAUCCUGGUCAGAGAACACCUUGAUGGUAAAGUCAUCAGGCAAGUGUCAGUAGGUGAACGGACAAGUAACUUAGGCCUACAAGAACCUGCAGAAGAAGACUCUACAGUAUGCGAGGUAUGUUACAUGGCCGACCGUGAGGAGACGCUGUUGCUUUGCGAUGGUUGUGAUAAUGGAUAUCACAUGGAAUGUCUCUACCCGCCCCUGGAGUAUGUCCCUAUAGAAGAGUGGUACUGUCCGGAGUGUGCUCCUCAGUAUAGGCGGGGAAGGUCCGAGGGUGGGUCUCGUAGACACCAGAGGGAUGAGCCAGGACCAGAGCAGGAGGAGGAGGACGGAGAUGAUGACUUGGUGCCUUUGUCUCACUUCAGACUGAUACCUCGGACUAGACAAUCCGAGAGAGUCAGGAGAAAUGUCCGUCGCAACAACCAGCAAGUGGAUGCACCUGCGCCAACAACCUCAUCAGGGGUGGAGUCUGGAGGAAGAAUCAGAGCAAGAGCUACAACAAGGCCGAGACGCAGGACUAACACUCAGACUCGCCGCACCGGAGUCAGAAUCAAGAGAAUCGUCACUGAUGACGGAGUCAUAGAAGUUAUUCUUAAGUGCAAAAAGAAGGGCAAGAAAAGACGAGGUAGAAAGAAGAAACGCAGCAAAAAGACGGUUUUGUCUCUGAAAACAGCAAAAGGCCGUUUAGCAGCUAGGUUGGGAAUGUGUAAACCAAAGAUCACUAAACAGACAAUCCCUGAAACAGUGAACAAGCAAGAAAUAUCAUCAACUCCCAUAAACUACCAGAGGUAUCAGGCUGGAAUCCCUACUUUAGAUCUGUUUGGACGGAGAGAUCAACUUGACUAUUUCUCUGUGUCUGAAGGGGAAGAUGACAUUGGGUCAAUGGAAGGAGGUGUCGGUGUUUUAUCUAGAACUAGAGUAGCACGUCCUAUUGAUCGACUUCUUCAUCGUAAGAAAGCUGCCUCGAUUUUAACUUCUAAGUCCCCAAAGAAAUCUGUCAAGAUAGAUAGUCUAUCAUCACCAGCUGGACCAAGUCUGUUAGACAGUAUUCUUGAUAGUCAAGCUCUUUGGCAUUCUAAACAAACAGAGAUAAAAAGUAAUUCUGACGGCACACUCAAGGUUGUCCCAAAAGGUGGAGCAUUAAAGGAAGAAAAUAAGGUAGAUGUUAAAAAGGCAACAGCACCAGUCAAGGAAUCACCAAUGUUCCCUACAAGAACCAACUCUGGCUCGUUCAUGCCAGAGAACUCUAGUAGAGGGGGAGGUCAAAGUGGGAAUCAAGGUCAUUCAGAAAGAUCAGAGGACAGUAGUUAUCAAUCAUCUGCACCAGCAAGUGCCGGUUACUCAAGAUCAGAAGGCCCAACAGGAGGUGGAUCAUCGUCACUUCGUGGAGCACCUCCAAUAAGGUUUCGUAUGAAUAUUCCUCCUAGAAGACCAAACAUACAUUCAUAUCCUUCAGAAAAUAUCCCACCUCCACCUCCUCUAAGGUUGAGAUCCCCCAUGAAUGAAGUCUCGUUUCCGACAAACAACUCCCCUGAAGCGUCACCAGAGCGGGAAGAAGAAGAUGUUGAUAUUUACAGUGACAUAGAGCAGGAAAGUAACACUGAAGAGAGAACGUUUGGGAUUCUUGAGCCACCCCCCGAGCCGCCCUUCCUCAUGACCAUGGAGCCUCCGCCUGAGCCUCCAGCCAUGCUGAUGAAUCUCAAUGAUGACGGCAGUGAUGACGAGCCUAGCGGUCUCGUCAUUGACGACCCUCCCCCUGGCGAUGUCUACGAUCCUUGUGCUGUCAAUUCUGAUGAGUCUUCAAAUGAAGGGGCACCCUUAGCUAAACCUCCUGAUAUACCAUCGUCAUUGAGAAAUCCAGAAUUGGUAGCCAACUACUCUUCAGAUUCUUGUCCAACCCAAGGCUCAGCGUCUUACAAUCCAGAGUUGCCUACUUAUUCAAGUACACCAAUCAUUGGACCCCUGCCACGGCCUGCUUCUCACAACUCUACCGAUGCAGAAGAUGAUGAUGAAUGUCCAAACUUCUCAUUAUAUUCUGCAACUAGUAUGAAACUUGCCCACCGUGGCAUUGAUUUGGAUAUCCCCAUCCCUCCUCCAAUUGAAAAGGGUAAUACCCAAGAAGACAGUAUGGAUAUACCCCUGCCUGAUGAUAGCUUGCCUGUUCAAAGUGAUAAAGAAAAUUGUGAAAGUAUUCCAACCUCUCCAAAUAAAGGUGGAAAUGUAGUAAAGAAAACCUCUCCAUCACCAGACAGAAAAUCUAUAGAUGAAAGUCCACGUCAAGAAGAGACAAGAGAUUCUGACCAAGGUUCUGAGCGUGGAGAUGAUAAUAAAAGAACCAAACGCCAUACUGGAGAAAUGAGUGCUGAUGAAGAUGAUGAAGGUGAGGAGGAAGAAGAAGAUGAUGGUAGGGAUGUACCCAUGGGAGACAGUAUCCAAAAGGAUAAAGAAAAUAGAGAUGAGGAUGAUGAUAAGAGUGACUGUGAAAGUGUGCAUGAGUCUAACGGAAAAAUAAUAAGAACCAAAUCUGUCAAAAAUAAAGACGCAGAGGCUGGCGAAGACGAAUGCAGCACUCAAGGUGAUAUCUUAGAUUUGGCUAUUGAAUCUGAGGCUAAUUUGGAAAAUAACCUGCCUCAUGAUGACAGUGAAGAGCACAAUGAAAUUACAUUGGUUAAAAGUCCUGUGAGGCUGGAAGAAAAUGAUGACAAAAUUAUAGAUGGGGGAGAUAAGUCUGAUGGUUUAGUGGAUAUAACUGAUGAGGAAAUGAGUGUUUAUGAUGGGCAAGAUAACAUUGAGUUGGAAAAAAUAAAUGAAGAAAUCCGUGAAUCAAUACAAAAUGAAAAGAAACUAGCCAAAUCAUUAGACUCAGAUGAUGAAAAUAGUCUUGUGGGGGGAGCUACUUCAGCAGUUUCUGCUGCAUCAUUUAACGAUUCUGAUAACAUUCAGACAUCAACUCUUCCAGGCUUGGAAGGCUUGGAAACAGAAACAAUAUCAGAAUCUGAAGAUGUCAACUUUGAUGAGCUGCCUCUAGAAAACGAGCAACAUGAAGAGAUUGCAAAUGAGGAUGAGCUAAAUUCUUUUAGGAAAAAGAAAAGGAGAAAAUCUAGGAAAAUAAGUCAAAAUGAAGAAAUCUCCAACAAAGGGAGCAAUGAACCAUUAGAAUUUGAAGAAGGAGAAAUAAUUGAAGACAAGCCUAAAAAAGAGAAAAAAUCUAAGCCAAAACCAGAAGUAGAAAUUGAAGUAGAUGAGAACGUUGAAUUAAAGAAACCAAAACAACCAGUUGUAGAGAAAGAUAAAGAUUCUUUUGAUAAAAAGUCAAAGAAGAAAAAGGAUAAAAACUCCUCAAACAAAGAAAAGACAGAUAAGAAAGAUAAAGAACCCAAGGAAAAAACACUGAAGCCAGGAGAGCCUGAUGAAAAUAUUUCUUGGAAAAAACUUUCUAAAAGUACUAAAGAAAGAAAUUACAGAGAUGGUAAGGAAAAAGAUGAUAAAGAGCGAGAAAAGGAUAAGGACAGAGAUCGUGAAAAAAAAGAAGAAAGUUCAAAAAAGAAAAGUAGAGAAAAAAGAAAAGAGUUAGAGAGGUAUGAUGUUAGACGUCUAAUAAGUGAAAAGCCCAAACAACCUAAGAAAGAUGAGUUUGGCAGAGAUAUUUCCCCAUCGUCAUCUUCUCUUUCACCUUAUAGGCCUCCUCGCUAUCGAUCUCCCUUGAGGACCAGAAAUCGAAGCCGUACAAGAAGUAAAUCAUGGAGAUCCCGCAGUCGAUCAAGGGGUAGAAGGAGGCGUAGUAGAUCUCGAGGAAGAGUUAGGUCACGUGAUAGGUCCAAAAGAUCCAGAUCAAGAGAGAGAUCAAGAAAAAGAAGUAGAUCAAAGAAUAGGGUUUCAAGUCAUUCUCGUGACAGAAGAAGAUCAUUAGAUAAUAAAACAGAUAGAGUAAGGACUGCACAUAGAAGUGUAAGUAGGGGAAGAAGGAAAACAAGGUCAAGAUCACAUCAUUCUCACCAUUCAAAAAAGCAACGUUCUUAUAGCAAAUCCUGGAGCCCCUCUUGGUCAAGGUCUUCCAUGUCUAAAUCUCGUUCUCCCAGACGUAGACGAAGAUCUAAAAGUAUUUCACGUUCAAGAUCAAGAUCAUGGUCUAGAGAAAGAGUACCCUCUCUGAGAGGAGUUAGAACUAAAGACCCUCCAAAAAAUUUGACUGUGAUAGUUCCCAACAAGGAAGCACUAAAAAAGAAAGAAAAGAAGAAGACAUCCAAAAAGAAAGAUGACAGGAGGAAGAAAAAGCGUGGGCAGUCUCCCGCUCCAUCAAAAGAAGUAUUUACGUCUGGAGAUAAUAUUCUAGUUAGUGUCAACUUCAAAAAUGCUAAUAAAAACCCUGAAAUAAUUCCUGCUACAACUCCUUUGUUGAGAGAAAGUUCUAAACGAAAACGAGAUGAUUUAAAUGAUAGUUCUGCUAAAAAGAAAAAGUCAAACAGUUCUUCGAAGAAAACUCCUGGCAAGAAAAGUAAUCGCUUGGCUAAAAUAAAUGAAGCAGCCAAAAAUGCUAAACCUGUAGCAAUAAUAGAUCUUGACGUAUCUCCUUUUAGAGCUCAGACACCUUCACCAAAAGAAGUAAUUGUUUUGAGUGACAGCGGUGAUGAGGGAAGUAAACAACACCACUCUGAGAUGCAAGAUGAAAUCAAUCGCCUGGGUCAUAGUGGAAUGAAUCAAAGUAUGCACUCGCUUUCAUCAGAUCAUGGACAGAAAAAUGCUGCUUCUCAACCAGAAUCUCCAGUUUCUAGUUUCAUGCAUAAUAGCUCUGGCCCUAAAACGCCUCCUGAACCCCACAUCAAGUUUUCUAUUAGCACAAAACAGUCACAAAUAAGAAUAUUAAAUAAUCCUUUGAUGGAAACUGAGGAAGAAAUGCAUGAAGAUAAUGCUGAAAAUGAAAUGAAUGAAAUCAUGCAUAAAGGACCAAAUACGCCUCCAGAGCCGCCACCAGAGAUGACAACUCCUGCGUCACCUCCUACGACUCCUUAUGAUCCAUUUGACCCAACGAAGUCUAGGUCUCCAAGUCCACAACCUCGCAGCGAUACAGGCUUACAGAUGAACACAGCGAGAGAGGAUAAACUAGAAAAUGUUCAAAGUACAGACGAUGAUCAUCCGUCACUCAAUGAACCGAGGACAUCAACACCACCAAACGAAACAGAAGAGACUAAAAAGACACCUGAACCCCCCAAAGUACAUUCUACUCCUAAACAUGAAAUGAACACUGAACAAUCACCCAAAGUCUCACCUCCUGUCAGCUCAACAGAUUCUAAACUACCUGAGGAUUCGCUAAUGCAACCGAUCAAGAAACUUUUAGCAGAUGCAAACAAACUUAACGUAACAGUUCAUAAAUCCCCUGAAAAACUCAUCACUGUUGUUAUUAGUCAGCAAACAAAAAAUCAAAAUCAGACGCCAAAACAACCUGUUCUGCCUCUCAAGGCUAUCACACCUAAUAAACAAAGUACUCCAAAAUCUAAUUCAAAACAUCAGUUGUUUACAAAUGUUGUCAAACAGGUGCCUAUUCUUGGAACCUUACUCCCUGGGCCUCCUGCCCCAGGUCUUAAUAAUAGUAGGAUGUCCAACAGAUCACAACAAAAUGGGGAUACUUUUGAGGAUAUGGAUAUUGAUCCGAGCUCUCCAUAUUCACCAGGGUCGAGUGAGGGAGAUGAUCUCUUUGAACCACCUGUGAUCUCCCCUCCAAGGAGUUCUUCAAAACCCAUGACAAAUAAAUCAAAACCAACUCCAGGCAAUAAAUUUGAUUCUUUGUUUGGAUCAUCUCCUGCAAAGAACCGACACUUAAGAUAUGCCCCGAAACCAGCCAAGAAAUCAUCAAAGUCUAAAUUAAAAGGGAGCAAAAAAGAAGAGGUAAAAGUCAAGCUGGACGAGGAUCAGUUGAAGAUUCUAGAUGAUUUGCCAAGUUCUGCUGUGGAAAUGCAGGUGAAGGAUAAGUUCCUGAAGAAACUGAACCGCCAGGAAAGAGUAGUGGAGGAAGUGAAACUGGUACUCAAACCUCACUACGCCAAGAAACAUGUCAACAAGGAGGAGUACAAGGAGAUUCUCAGGAGAUCUGUACCAAAGAUUUGUCACAACAAGUCUGGAGAAAUUAACCCGAUCAAAAUUCAACACUUGGUGGAAGCCUAUGUGAAGAAAUUCAGAUAUGCCAAGAAAAAAGCGUCAGGUACUAUUCAACCUCCAGCUGCACAGAACAAACCAAAACCGCAAAAAACGUUAUGGAGCUGAGUAAAAGACGAGUUUUUGAAACUACUUAAUACGAAGCCUGUUUUGUUGAGAUAGAAGUGGGGCUGAUAUUGGACAUUAUCUACAUCCCAAUUGAGUGACUCUGUUCAUACACAAUUAAAAUGUAUUUGUACAUAUUUUCAUAGACUGUAAGUUGUGAUAGUUUAAAAAGUAUACACCUAUUUAUAUUGAUUAUACCAUGUAUUUGUACUAAAUAAUGAUUUUAAUUUUCAAAGAUUUUUUGCAGAGCUAUCUAUUUAUUUAUUAGAGUUUUAUCAGUUUUUUAAAUGUAACAUUUUUGUAAAUCACAAGCUACAAGCCUAGUUCGUUGUCAGGAAAGAACAAAAAAAUUUGUCAGGUAUUCGCAUGUGACGCCAUAUUUGUAUUAUUAUUAUUACUGUGUAACAUUUUCCUAACAAUAAUUAUUGUUCAUAUGUUCUAGAACCUAAUAAAUAAUUUAAUUGGA